CAGGGACGGAGCACAAAUACGACUGCAUAUAAUUUGUACGGAAAUAACUUUCGGUGCGAGCGGGACGGCGCGAUUGAAAUGUCAGACUCGACGCGCGCAUAAUGAGAAAACGGCCGUCUCUUUCGCUCUUGACGUGUUACAAUCGUUUAUUGUCAUGUUACUGUCUCGUUUCGACGGGCGAGAUUGAGAUGGAAUUGCCAACGGCCGGACGAAGUCCUCCCGCUAUUACUAUAUUCGAUCCUCCCGCGGCGUGCGCGGACGUUGCUACGGAACCUCUUUUGUUUUCUUCGCGUAAACUCCCAAAAACAUUCGUUAUAAUUUUGAAAAUAGAAAAAAACACAUAACAAGUGACUGCUGACAGUUCCAGUGAGUGUGCCAGUGACAUUGAGCUUUUAGUAAAAAAAAAACAAAAUAUAUUUUUAAAGUGUCAAAAAGUUCGUUUAAACAAAUUGAGUAGUGAGCUUGUGUUGUGCCGCAGUUAUUAAAUGCGAAUGGAUUGCUACCGCAGCGGUGUAGUUGACACGAUGGCUUGACAAAUCGAGAUAAUUGACGGCAUGGACGGAGUUGUGACAGAGGUACCGAUAUUGAUGCAGUGAAUGUGGUACAAAAAUCGAAAGAAUGACACACAUGCAUUCGGGAACAACGGACAUCAAGAGCAACGAUGCACAAAAUGAGGAACAGCAAAAAUAAAAAGAUAAACAAAAUGGAUGGAGUGAACUUGGAGUUAACUUGACAAAAUCCGUGCUAAUAAUGUUGAAUUUGACAUAGUUCAUUGAAUAAGUGAUUUUUACAGUGAUAUUUGCAUACUGAUUGUGAACGGAGGACUAUGUGAUGUUACAGUGUUAGGAUUUUAAAUAAUGCCAGAUCGGGAGUCGGUCGGAGGUCCAGGGACUACAGGGAGUGGCGGAUUCUUACCUCUACAGUUCCCGUCUGCUUUCGCGGCUUUUCAUGCGACCACGCCCCCUGGAGGAGCGCCAGCUACAGCCAUGCAUCAUGCCACACAUUAUCACCAUCAUGCUCAAUUAGCAGCAGCAGCGGCGGCUGCGGCGGGCGCGACCAGUGAGCUGAGCUACCUCGCCGCCCUCCACCCCGCCUAUCGACCUGUGCCCUACGACCAUCCCUUAUAUGGUGCUAAUGCCUUAAGAGGUUUAGAGUAUUUAAGCGCGGCGAGAAGCUUGCAUCCGGAAUUACAUGCUGGCAGCACUUUGGCCAGCCAAGACUUCCAACUUAGUUUAGAAGGAUCAAGAAUAGCGUCACCCACUCGUUUGAGGUUAUCAGGUGGAGCGAUAGGUGCUUCGGUCAACCGCAAGAGGGCGGUAUCCUGGAGUCCUUACUCGGCGGAGUCUUUAGACCUGGCCGCUGUCAUCCGGGCGUCGCCGGCCAGCUUAGCUGUCAGAGCACCUUCGGCUGCUUCCACCGGCAGCUAUGGACAUCUCAGUGCUGGUGCGAUAUCACCAGCUCUGUCCCUCUCGCACGCGUCGCUCGCUCAGCAGCUGCUGGCGCGAGGCGGCGUGGUGGGGGGUAGCGGGGUACUGGCCGGCGGGGUGUUGAUGGACCCGGCGCACCAGCAGGCAGCGGCAGCGGCGGCACAUCACGCAGCGCAUGCGCACCUGGUUGCUGGCAUUCAUAGAUCUCACAUAUCAUCACCGACGCAGCUUAUAAUGGGCGCGCCUGUUGAUGUCAGACCUGGACUGGGGUUGGACGGCACCCCACCGCAACACAUGCAACAACCGCAGCAGCAGCCUGAAGUCACUAGCAUUAUGGAAGCAGAUAGCGCAUCAAACAUCACGCAACGGAAAUCACCACCCAGCCUGAUGCUGAGGGACAACCACCACAGCAACAAGCCCCUGUCUGCUGCCGCCGAGAGCACUGUCCACGACGGCUUGGACUCCAAGGACGAGCCAGGAGACUUCAUAGAAACCAACUGCCAUUGGGUGGAUUGCAAGCUUGAAUUUCCUACGCAAGAUGACUUGGUGAAACACAUAAACACCGACCACAUUCACGCCAGCAAGAAAGCUUUCGUAUGCCGAUGGGUCGGCUGCUCUAGGGACGAGAAACCGUUCAAAGCUCAGUACAUGCUGGUGGUUCACAUGAGGCGACAUACUGGGGAGAAGCCUCAUAAAUGCACGUUUGAAGGAUGCUGCAAAGCUUACUCCAGAUUAGAAAACUUGAAGACACACCUGAGAAGCCACACGGGAGAAAAACCUUACACUUGCGAGUAUCCUGGAUGCGCUAAGGCUUUCUCUAACGCCAGUGACCGAGCCAAACAUCAGAAUAGAACACAUAGUAAUGAGAAACCCUACGUUUGCAAAGCACCUGGUUGCACGAAAAGGUAUACGGACCCCUCGUCACUACGAAAGCAUGUGAAGACCGUUCACGGAGCAGAAUUCUACGCCAGUAAGAAACACAAAGGUUGCGGACGUGGCGACGAUUCGGCCGAGUCUGGCGGUGGCGGGGCGGGUUCCUCGCCACGGUCAGAGGAGGGUGGAGUACCUGUGGGAUUGAGAGGUCAUACUUCUUCGGCUUCUGUCAAAAGCGAGAGCCCCGCCUCACCACUGCCUCAUGGGCUCCACACGCCCGCACAUCAGUUGUCAGCACAAUGCGGCGGAGAUUUGGACUUUGGUGGUUCAGGUCUCGGCGGAUUCAGCGACGAGAACGGCGUUCCAUACUUCAGGAUAGACGGCGAGGUGGAGCAAGAAGUGGUAGGAGAAGUAGGCCAGUUGCCUUUGAUGCUUCGAGCGAUGGUGGCCAUCGGAGAACCAAGGGCUCAUCAUCACACACCGCGCUUCCAGAACAACAAAAUGGGACUGGGAAGACUUAUGCCACCAAUCCACGGGGCUGAUAUAGGCGGAGGUGGCAUUCCCGGAAGAACCGAACUAGGAAAUACCAGCGUAGCUGUUGAAAUAAAGACUGGAGUGCCUAACACAAGGCGGGACUCGGGAAUCUCGUCUGGAAGCAGUCUUUACAGUGCCAGGUCAUCAGACAUAUCCCGCAAAAGCAGCCAGGCAUCAGUAGUAUCAGGAGCGGUGGGCGGCGCGGGCCCGCCCAGACUCGCCGCCCCGCACGCCGCCUACGAUCAGCUCUCGCCCGACAGCAGUAGAAGAUCUAGUCAAGUAUCAUGCGUGGGAUAUGCGCCGGCGCCAUCCUCAGCCCUCGCAGCCGUUCAAGCUGUUAGGACAUCUCAAGGCAAUCAGGCGGUCUUGUUACGUGGUGUGACUUGCUCAGAAGUACGAGCUGAAGAAUUGGCAUUGGAAUUAGACCCCAACAUCCAGGUCAAAGAGGAGACCAGAAGACUUUCGGAGCAGUCCAACUUAAGUGACCAGACGCAGACGUACCAGCCCUAUCCAUGUGGGGCUGAUGAUGUGGGUGAUGUUUCAUUCCCUUUCAAGACCGAGGAUGAUCAUGACACGGUAACUUACAAGGAGUCUCGCUCUAACUCCACUAACACCGUCGUCACGACCGCUCAGGUCCACCAUCCGAACCAAGAAGUUAACUUAGAACAGGUUGCAGAAGGUGAAAUGGUGGAGAACAAGCUGGUAAUACCAGAUGAAAUGAUGCAAUAUCUUAACCAAUCAAUAUUGGCAAAUGAAUCGGUAGCACCAGCCAAGACCGACUCCACCAAUGCACCCGAACCGGAGACGAGCAAAGACAAUGAUGCUUCUACCAAAGACAAUGCAUCAAGUGAAUUAAAUAACGCUAACAACGUCAGUGACAAAAUUAGCGAUGUAGCAACCAGUGACGAUUCUCUACUUAAAAACUUAGGUGCCAUAGGAAGUGAUCUCAAUAUAAGUGAUAUUCCAGUUGAUUUAAGAUCGCUAGAUGUUAGCAUGUCGGGUAAUAGUGGUUCUCUUUUAGCCAACAAGUCACCGGAAAGCAAGAAUCCUUUGCAAGAACAAGUCAUACCUGAAGUAAACACAGAAAACUGUGAACAAGAUUUUAACAAACCUCCGACAUCCAAUAAUGCUAGUAAUAAUCCUUUGCAAUCUCUUAAAACGAUGGCUGCGAAUCCAUCAGAGCAGCCAAAUCAGAUGAGGGUGAAGUCAAUACCUCAGAAACAGAACAUGAUGAGUCCAAAAACUAUGGUUAUGAGUCCCCAGAAUGUACUCAGUCCUCAAAAUAUCGCUCAUAGUAUGAUGAGUCCACAGAGUCUUCCGCACAGUACAAUGAGUCCGCAAAGUGUUAUGAGCCCACACAAUAUGCCUCACAGUGUUGUGAGUCCUUCAAGUGUUUACAAUGUAAUGAGCCCUCAAAGUGCUAUGAGUGUCAUGUCGCCACAGCAUAACGCAAUGUCUCCUCAGAGCAUGCAGAGCCUCAUGAGUCCUCAAAUGCCUAACCAAAUGAUGAUGAGUCCACGACACAAUAACAUUGGAAGCCCGAUGUCUCAAAAUAUGGGAAAUGCUAUGGUUAAUAUGGCGAGUCCGAUGGCACAAAAUAUUGCAAGCCCGAUGAGUCACGGAAUGACGAGUCCAAUGCAUCCUGGCUUACAAAGCCCGAUGUCUCAAGGGGUUGCGAGUCCAAUGGUUCAAAACAUUGCAAGUAUGCAGAUGAAUCCACCGGUACAAAACCAAAUGAAUACUACUCAAAACAUGAUGAAUAUGAACCAACAACCUCAAAUGCAGCCAGUACAACAAAACUAUUUAAAUAACCGACAGAAUUGUAAUACUAAAAUUCCCAAUCGAAAUAAUAUUCCUCAUCAAUACCAAAACCAUAAUUACAACCAAACACCUCCUUAUUCGAUGCAAAAUCAACAAAAUAUGAAUAUGAAAAAUCAAAAUAUACAGCAAUAUCCUAUUAUGCAGCAAUACACGCAAAACCAAAUGCCUAUGAUAAAUCAGAUGCCUCCAAACCAGCAAAACCUUGUUUACAACAACCAGAUAAUGAACUACCAACAGCCAAUGUAUGCGAACCAAAGCAACACGAUGCAUCCGAUGCAAAUGUCUAGAUCAUCAAUGAUGAGCGUAGAUAACAGCGGCAACAUGAGCCGAGGUGCGAUGAAUAGCUAUUGUGAACAAUCAAACUUACAGUACAACCAACAAAUGCAGUAUCCCCAACCACCGCCUUACAACUCUGUUGUUAAUAAUCCGGCGAACGUAAUGGGUCCACCGCCACCAAAAAAUAAUCAUCAAUACAACCAAGCCAUGAUGAACAACAACCAAUAUUACAAUCAUCAGAGACCUUAUAAUCAAUGGGACUAUCCAGGUAAUCAAUUUAAUAAACACAACGUGCAGAAAGGUGUACAAAAUUCCGUAAACAUGUCAACGGGCAGUCAAAAACCUAACGGGGUGAGGCCUACGAUGAACUGUAAUCAGAUGGGGAAAAAUGUGGGUGAACAGCAAACGGACUGCAGCAUGAACAGCUUGAGAAGUCAGAACCAGCCGAGUGAAGUGCAGGUCUGGGAUAUAUCUCAGUCGCAGAUAGAAGCAACGAACGGCAGGAAGAAGAACCAAAAUACUAUGCGACAGGAGACGUAUCAGAGGACUUUGGAGUAUGUGGAGAAUUGCGAAAACUGGAAGAGUUCUGAAAUGGUAUCAAGUAGUACCCAUCCUCUACAGGGAGGCGACAAUAUGGUUGUGAACGAUCUCCAAACUUCACUGUCUUCGUUUUAUGAAGAAAACCAGUACCUACAAAUGAUCCAGUAGUAUUUAUAUGAAUGAACAUUAGUCAUUUCUAAUGUUCAGCAUAACGCAAUGUCUCCUCAGAGCAUGCAGAACCUCAUGAGUCCUCAAAUGCCUAACCAAAUAAUGAUGAGUCCACGACACAAUAACAUCGGAAGCCCGAUGUCUCAAAAUAUGGGAAAUGCUAUGGUUAAUAUGGCGAGUCCGAUGGCACAAAAUAUUGCAAGCCCGAUGAGUCACGGAAUGACGAGUCCAAUGCAUCCUGGCUUACAAAGCCCGAUGUCUCAAGGGGUUGCGAGUCCAAUGAUUCAAAACAUUGCAAGUAUGCAGAUGAAUCCACCGGUACAAAACCAAAUGAAUACUAAUCAAAACAUAAUGAAUAUGAACCAACAACCUCAAAUGCAGCCAGUACAACAAAACUAUUUAAAUAACCGACAGAAUUGUAAUACUGAAAUUCCCAAUCGAAAUAAUAUUCCUAAUCAAUACCAAAACCAUAUACAACCAAACACCUCCUUAUUCGAUGCAAAAUCAACAAAAUAUGAAUAUGAGAAAUCAAAAUAUACAGCAAUAUCCUAUUAUGCAGCAAUACACCCAAAAACUAAAUGCCUAUGAUAAAUCAGAUGCCUCCAAACCAGCAAAACCUUGUAUACAACAACCAGAUAAUGAACUACCAACAGCAAAUGUAUGCGAACCAAAGCAACACGAUGCAUCCGAUGCAAAUGUCUAGAUCGUCAAUGAUGAGCGUAGAUAACAGCGGCAACAUGAGCCGAGGUGCGAUGAAUAGCUAUUGUGAACAAUCAAACUUACAGUACAACCAACAAAUGCAGUAUCCGCAACCACCGCCUUACAACUCUGUUGUUAAUAAUCCGGCGAACGUAAUGGGUCCACCGCCACCAAAAAAUUAUCAUCAAUUCAACCAAGCCAUGAUGAACAACAACCAAUAUUACAAUCAUCAGAGACCUUAUAAUCAAUGGGACUAUCCAGGUAAUCAAUUUAAUAAACACAACGUGCAGAAAGGUGUACAAAAUUCCGUAAACAUGUCAACAGGCAUUCAAAAACCUAACGGGGUGAGGCCUACGAUGAACUGUAAUCAGAUGGGGAAAAAUGUGGGUGAACAGCAAACGGACUGCAGCAUGAACAGCUUGAGAAGUCAGAACCAGCCGAGUGAAGUGCAGGUCUGGGAUAUAUCUCAGAGACCAAAAUACAAAUAACCAAAAUACUAUGCGACAGGAGAAGUAUCAGAGGACUUUGGAGUAUGUGGAGAAUUGCGAAAACUGGAAGAGUUCUGUAAUGGUAUCAAGUAGUACCCACUCUCUACAGGGAGGCGACAAUAUGGUUGUGAAUGAUCUCCAAACUUCACUGUCUUCGUUUUAUGAAGAAAACCAGUACCUACAAAUGAUCCAGUAAUAUUUAUAUGAAUGAACAUUAGUAAUGGUGCAAAUCACUUGAAGGUUGUAAAAAUCAUGUGGAGACUGACUAAUUUUAAAAUUUAUUCUAAAUUUAAGAGUCGAUUUGUGAAAAUUUUGAGGUACAGUUACUUAGAAAUAAUUUUUUGUUAUAAAAGACACGCACAAAUCUUUAGAUAGUGUAAAUAUUGUUUUUUUUGUCUUCCACUGUUGAUUAUGUACGAUAAAAUAGAGUAUUUGCAUUUACGAGUAGAAUUACAUUUUAAAGAAACUAUUGCCUUAUGUGUACAUACAAAAUUGUAAAGGGUCUUAUUGAAUUUCGAAGAAUUGAAACAGUGCCUCUUGACUUAUUUUUAAAAUAUUUUUACAGAAUAGCUGUAGAACUCUUAUUUCUAUAAAUAUACAGUAAAUAGUAAGUCACAUCUGAGAUUAUUAGAGGUAAGAUAGAUGAAAAAUGUUGUACAAAAUAAUCAUUUUUUAGCAUUUUUUACAAUAUUGUUACAGAUUUUAGGAUUAAAAGAGUUAAUUUAGAUAAUUAGUUUAGUACAUUAGUGUAAAAUACUUGAAGCAAUAUACUAAUAGAUUGUUCUUAAAAUAUAAAAGUUCUGCAAACAAUGAAUCUCGUAGUUUAAAGUUAAUUAAUGAGAUUACUAGAAUUAAGUAAUUGUUAAUUAUUUUUUAUUUAAAAUGCAAAUAUUGAACAACGCACAAAGUAAUAGUUAUAAGAGAAUGGAGAAAUUUGUAUUUUGUAAUAAAUUAUUGUUUAUAACUGUUUGUAAAAGUAUAAAUGUGUACAACUGUGACAAUAUUUUUAAUGAAAUCAUCAAAUAAAUCAAAUUACCUAUCAUGAUUUUUU